AUUUAUUGUUGUUAUUCGCUUUCCCCGUAUUCCCCAUUCCCAUUUUUGUUAUUUCUUUUCGAUUAAAGGUGGAACGAUGAACGAAUUAAAUUUGCGGGUGGCAGCAAUCAAGCUGUGUGCCCAUCCCAAACGUUUCGCGGAACUGCGCGACGCCCUCGUGCCGGUGCCCCACAAGUGGCAGCGAUCAUCGCAUAGCUUUGUGCAGCAGUUUGCAACGGCCAGCAGCAGCGCGGAGCAGGUGAUUGUCAUCCGGAAUUGUUUCUAUGCACGCCAUGAGCGGGAGGACCGUCGCUUGGCGGUGGGGCCAUUUCUGGCUAGUGUGCUCUUUGCCAGUCCGCUCAAGCACUCCGUGCGCAAUCAGUUGAUCAAACUCUUCUCGGACCAGUCGCUGGCCAAACAGUUGGGCCAUCCACAGCACACGAAGCCACAACUGUUGGCGGCACUGCGUGAGGCGCUGCGUGAAUUGGCGGCAACAGUGGCCGCCGCAGAACCACCACUGAGUCACGACCAGGUGAACGAUGUCUUUGUGUCGGCCAAUGCGUGUCUGCAAAACUUUCCGUUUGGCCGCGAGGCACUGGGCCACGAGCUGUCCAGCUUUUUGCCACUACUCAGCCUGGCCCUGGAACGCUAUUGGCGGGACAUCAGCAAUGGCUCCUUGGAGCUGUCGCCCACGCGCCUCAACGAGCUGUAUUUGUUUGUGCAGAAUGUGCUGCGCUUCCACGUGGGUGUGCUGUCCGAGUGGCGCGAUCAGCUGCCGAGCGAUGCGCCGCUGCAGCCGGUGCAGCUGCUUGCCGAGCAGGUGGCUCGCCACAGGGAUACCCCGUGGGAUGUGCGCUCGAUUGCUGGCCUUGUCAUAGGCAAGAAUGCGCGAUUCUUUGAUCGUUUGGCGGCGUAUCUGGAUGAGUCGUCGCGGGUCAUGCCCAUCGAGUGCCUGCCCAUACAGGCGGCUGCGCUGAAUGUGCUGCUGCCGGAGGACUAUCAACGCUUUGGCAGCCAGGCAGCGGACAUUGUCGAUCGCCUGCUGGAGCACACCGCCCACGAGGGCAGCCUCAACAAUGUGCUCGUGUACAUGGCCAAGCAUUUUCAUGCGUAUUCCAAGAGCUUGGGCCUGCCCGUGACGCAUCUGUCACCCGGCUACGAGCGCAUCCUUCAUGCAUUGCAGCGUUUCGCUUUGGUCAACAUUUGCAGUGCCACGGACUCGGUGCGCCACAUGUGCGGCGGCAUUUUCACGCAGAUACUGCAGCAUGGCCAAGCCAGCGGCCACGUCGCGCUCUUUCAAGCGGUCUACGCACGCUUCGAGGAUGGCAGCGACAGCCUCAAUGCUGGCUGCGUGGCACUUGAGAAGCUUGUAGGCGUUCGGGGUGCACGCGAGGCCAUCGGGCAUUGCCCCAGCCUCUUUGGACGCGUCUUUCCCGAGCAUUUGGGCGUGGAGGAUGCCGUCGAUGCGCUCUUUAAAGCCAUGAUGGUGGCCUCGCGCAAGGAGCAAUCCUUUGAGGAUUGGCGCCAUCAAUGGCUGGACCUGCUGCUGGAGGCCACACAGAACCAGAAGAAGCGACUGUCCGCCAUCGAGGCGCUGAUCACGCAAGCCGUCAAAGAGGAGCCGCGCGCAUUGCGUCACAUUUGGCUGCAGAACGACACGGCCCUGCCGUUCAGCACCACCCUGACGGCCAUACUGAGCGCACGCAACGCCGAGUCCAAUGAGCUGCGGCAGUGCCUGCUCGGUGCGCACAGCCAGCGGCUGCGCGAGGCUCUAGUCGGGCAGGACGAUCAUCUGCGGCUGCUCACGCUGCGCUUUGUGAGCGCUGCGGCACGGCCCAGUGAGCCGCUCAGCCUCGAGGAGCGUGACAUUAUUGGACACUAUCUGCAGCACAACAUUAACAAUCCGAGUGCGCACAUACGGCAGCUGGGCUUUGGCCACAUGCUGAAGGUGAUGCGACGCCUUGAGCUCUGCCUGGCGGAGCACAGGAAGCGUCCCACGGCCACGGGUGCCGAGCAAAUGGAUUAUUUGCGCGCACUCAUGGCCCUGCUGGCCGACAAUCUCUUUCAUUCGGCCAACUACGGACGCCGUUGGCUGUCGCUGCGUCUGCUCCAGAGCUGUGCGCUGAUGUGCAGCCGCCUGGACAUGCCCAUGAAGGAUAUACUGACCGCCAGCCAGGCGGCACGCGUUGAGGCCUGCCUCUGGGACAGCUACGAGCACAACAAGCUGGUGGCCGCCCAGCUGCUAGUGCAGCUACAGCCGCGCACACGCAUCCAGCCGGAGCGUGUGUUGGAGCUGCUGCAAUCGCUGCGACCCCCGGACUCGCUGACGGGCGCCUAUCUGCUGCAGGUGCACUGCCAGGCCGAUCAAGUGGAGACGCCGCUGACGGUGCAGCUGCCCCCUGGAGUGCGCUAUCAGCCGCGCAUCUAUGCGGCGCUGCAGUGGCUGCUGCAGCCGCUGCGCGAGGCACUGGCCCUGGCCAGCACAAAUCUCGCCGAAGCGGCCAAGCUGAGUCCCAUGUACGGGCUGCUGCUGGCCAGUCGCCACCUCAUCGAGCUGCUGGCGUUGAAGGAGCUGGCCCGGGAGCCGCUGUGGCGGCAGUAUGUGCAGGAUCUGGUCGCUGUGUGCAUGGCCAUUAGCGAGGUGGUGCUGCCGGUGGUGAGCAGUGUGGCGCCCGAGGGCUACUUGCCGGAGACCAGUGACCAGGAGACGGAUCAGCAGGUGGCAAAUGUGCUGCGCCGACGCCUCGAUGCCGAUGCCUUGCGUCAGAUUCAAACCACGCCGCAAAUGGUGCUGCUCUGCGCUUGGCGCAGCAUCAAGGAAGUGUCCAACAUACUCGGCGGCCUCGUGGAACGUUCGCCACUCGAGCAGGAGCAGCAGCAGCAGGAGGCAGGAGAAUAUCUGCUGAGCGGCAGUCAGCUAACGGCCAUUGGUGAUCAUUUCCUAUUACUGCUGGCCGAGAUCAAGCAUCGUGGCGCCUUCGAGCAGGCCUAUGUGGGCUUCAGCAUGCUCUGUCGCCGCUUCUGGCACAGCGAUGCGGCGGCACUCAAUCAGUUGCCAGCCGCUUGGGUGAACGAGGCGCUCGACAUGAUACAGGGAGAGCCACAGGAUAAGCAAGAGCAACAGGAGCAGCAAUCCCCAUCACGGUUGUGUCCCACGCGUCGCAGUGCUGGCAUACCCUACAUGCUGCAGGCACUCGUCUGCUCAGAGCUGAAGCUGGGCACCCACAACACGCUGCAUCGCUGCAUGUUGCGGCUGCUCAAGGUGUGCGAGACCAGUGAGGCGGGCGCCGCUCGCUGUCAUGCCCUCAACAUAAUGCGUGCCUUAUUCCGCAGCAGCGAGCUGGCCGAUCUGGUGGGUGAGUUUGUGGCGCGCGGCAUCGUCUGCACGCUGAAUGGUUUGCUGGCUAGCGAUUGGGCGGAACAAAACAGCGCCAGCCUGCUGCUGGCCACGCUAGUCGUUCGUGUCUUUGGCGUGGAACGGCCGCGCGAUGACGCCGGCGAGCUGCACAUACGCAAUCGGAUGACGGGACGCAUCUUCUUCACACGCUACCCGGAGCUUUACAACUACUUUAGCCGGGGUCUGGCCCAGGCCGCACUCGGUCCGCGGACGCUGCAUGGCGCUCAAAAGAUUCAUUUGCAGAGCAUGCUCAUGCUGCUCAGUCGGCUCUAUCCCUCGUCGAUGGAGGGCGCCGAGUCCACACUGAAGCUCAGCAAUUUUGUGCCAGAUCUGCUGAAAAUCAGCCUCUGUGCGGAUGUUUUGACGCGCGAGAAGGCCGCAGCGGUGCUUGGCAAUUUCGUGGACGAUCAGGAUGCGAUUGUGCGGCUAAGGUCCAUCCUUGUGCAAAUGAUGGCGCUGCAUGGACGAUUAAAUGCACCAUCCUUCGCCCAAGAGGCUGCUCCAAUGCUGAGCCACAAUCGUAUCCAUGGCCGAGAGCGUUUGCUGUUGGAGCUGUACCGGCGGCUGCGCUGGAGCCGCCCGAAUCUCAUACGAAUGAUGCUAAAGACACUGCCAAAAGUGACGCUGGAUCUGCUCGGCCGAAGCGUCUUUCUGUUCAAUGGAAUGCUGGAGCUGCUGGUGGCCAUACUGGAGGAUGUGGCACAGGGACAGCUCGAAGAGAGUUUGAUUGUAGAGCUGCGGCAGGUGUACGCGGUGUCGCCUGGUCGCAUCUAUGACGUGUGCCGAAGGGAGCGUCUCUCGCCGAAGAUCUUCCAGGUGUUUGGGCUGCAUCUGCACCGAUUGGAGUGCGGUGCGGGCGCUGCCAUGAAGCACAUUGUCGAGGAUCUGUGUGGCACACAGUCGCCGCCCAUGGAGAUUGAGGAGCUGAAGGGUGAGCUGUUGCUGUACGUGGCGCUGCAGGAUUUGCCACCGCUGCAUCCCGAUCUGGUCAAUGCCGGCGAUGUGAAGGUGCUGAGCUUCUCCAGCGACAUUGUGCGCUACCACAAGGCCCUAACUCCCGACCAGCGACAGGAGCUGGCCCGUGGCAUCGCCUCGUCGCCCUCGGUGCACGCCUGCCUGCGACGCAUGUACGCCUGGGGACAGCAGGGUCCGCCCCAUUGCUGGAGCCUACAGCUGGCCGGCCGCAUUGGUAUCCUGCAGCUGCUGCUGCCCCUCGAUCCCAUAAUCGAUCUGGAUCGACUGCUGGAGCUGGGGCUGGAGAACAAUGCUGCGCACGUGCACUUUGGCCUGGUGCUGGCCAUCAAGCGGCUGAUGGACCGCCAGGCGGAGUUGCCGCAGUCCAUCUGGGUGCUGCUGCUGGAGUAUGCGCAGAUCCUGAGCUAUGCCACACAGCCAGUCUAUCUGCGGCACAAGGCCAUCGGACUGUGCGAGCGCAUCGGCACCGAAAUCGGACGUCAGCUCUUCCUGGGCGAUGUGGAGAUCCUCGGCCGCUAUGCCCGGCUGGUGCUCCUGCUGCUGGUCGACGAUGACGAGGGACUGCGCAACGAUGCGGCCGUCAUGGCCGAACAAAUGCUGCGGGAAGGCGUGCACCCACAGCCCCAGCCCCAGCCCCAGCCCAAGAAGAUUCUCGCGAAUGUUGUGUUCAAGGAGUUCCUCAGACAUUUCAUUGCCAGCCUGGAGAAGUACGGCAGCGACAGCGGCUUCCUAUUGCGCCUCUUUAACAUCAUUGUCGAGCCAUUCCUGCUGAUGGCGCAGGAGGCACCCACCCAGGAGCAUGGCACCCUCGCGGAGGAUGGCGGCGAUGUCGAUCUGUUCGACAAGCAGGGCUGCAAUCUGUACUGCGAGACGCUGAUGGUUAUCCGCGAGGUGGCCGAUGGCUUCACAGCGGCCUUUGACCAGGACUCGGCCCUGCUGGCGUCCAUCGAGGAGGUGCUACGUGCUCGUGUCGUUUGGUCGCGCAGCCAAUGGGACUAGGAGAUGCCGCAGCUGCUGCUCCAUCGUCAAACCUGCAAAGUUCAAACAAUUGUCAGACAGUACCACUGUUUUUAAGAGAAGUUAUCUACAUACAUACAAAUACAAUUAUUU